GUUUCUAUGGUGACGCUGUGAGUCGGUAGCUCUUGGCUCGGUGAGCUGCCGCCUAGCACUGCUGCUCGGGAGCGACUACACCGUUACAAUGACCAGGUGUCGUGUACUUGGUUUAUAACCAUUGUUUAGCUUAUAAUAUAACUGUAUGGCAGCUCCAACAUGACUUUCCAGGUUAACGCAUCGCUAACAUUACCCACCGCAAAGGCUUUAAUAUCGGAGGGAAGCUCAAAUUGCAGCCAGCGCGGCCUUGAUGCGGCUGGAUAUCCAGCGUUCAGGAACUUAAGGAUGGGAGCAGGUGGAAGACGAGCAGCCAUGAGCCAUAAUAAUCACAUACGGAGGGCAUUUCCUGUGAUACAACCCUUGAGCAAGUCCAGGGAUUGGAAAGCCUUGGUUAGCAGCGUCAUAGUUGGAGGGUCACCUAACUUAGCCACAGAUGACACACUGGCGUCAGAGAACAAUGGCCCUGAGAAGGACAUCAGUGGGAGACGCUUUCUUUUUGCUAAGCAAUGUACGAGGUUAGAGAGGACCAGAACUGUGAUUCCUCCACUGCCAAGAGACUACCAUGUGCACAGAAGUGGCAACCUGCAUCCCUUCAGCCUCUCCAAGGAGCUUUCCCACAGCCUUGCUGGGCGACCCUUCACCCUGGGCUACCCUGAAAGAUAUGAACUGAAUACAAGCCCAGCCAUUCUCUUCCCAUCCAUGUUAGUCCUCAAUGGCAGAAACACCUUCUCGGUUGAGAACUGCAAGUUCAGCAGGCCUAAGGUGAAUUAUCCAACCCACAACCUACCGACUGUUAAAGACAAUCAAAAGAGCCAGUCCUAUCCCGACCCAAUGCUCGGAGCCUCUCGCUCUUUUAUCCACAGGAUAUCUGAGCUGUCCUCUUUGGAGGGCGAGACGGUGCGGCAAGAAAAGCUCAAGAAAAUGAGAAAACCAAGGAAACCUCCAUCCUGACAAUCACCUUCUUCUCAGUCCCGCCGGUUAAGGAUCAAAACCUUUGAGUCUGUGCCAACAACGUCUGAACAAAAUAAAACACUUAGGGGACCGUG